AAUAAUAAAUUGUAUGUAGCAUUAAAUUGUUAGUUUAAUCUAGCCGUGACUUCAACUUUUUUUUAAAGAAAAUGUCCGUUACUGUCCUUCGAUGUGAUAUCGGUAAAUUGUAAUUUUAUUCGAUGUCAUAAGUCAGUUUUAUACCAUAUUAAGAUGUACUUAACAUUCCUAUCGAUGAAGUUGUAAUAUUAUUAGUAUUACUAUUAUUAUCAAGUCGUGAUUACUGGUGGUAAAACGCCGGCCGAAUAUUUUAAUCAAGCCAUCGUAAACAUUCCAAAAAUAAUGGGUUCCACUAUAUUAUAUAAGCCAUUAAUGUUUGGCAUGUCCAGUGAAAAACAAGAAUCAUUUUUAAAGAUGACUAUCUUGACAACUGCAGCAGUUCUAUCUUUUGCAACGAGACUUUUUUCUGUACUUCGAUUUGAAAGUGUUAUUCAUGAAUUUGAUCCUUACUUCAAUUAUCGAACAACACAAUAUCUGGCAGAAGAAGGAUUUUAUAAGUUUCAUAAUUGGUUUGAUGAUCGUGCAUGGUAUCCACUUGGUAGAAUUAUUGGAGGUACAAUCUACCCUGGCCUAAUGAUAACGUCAACUGUCAUAUACAACUCUCUUCAUUUUAUCAAUUUAACUUUAGAAAUUAGAAACAUAUGUGUAUUUUUAGCACCUUUGUUUUCUAGUUUUACUACCAUAAUUACAUUUUUAUUGACUAAAGAGUUAAAAGACACCCGUGCCGGACUUAUUGCAGCUGCCAUGAUAGCCAUUGUUCCAGGAUAUAUAUCUCGUUCGGUUGCUGGAUCAUAUGAUAAUGAAGCUAUUGCUAUUUUUUGUAUGCUUUUGACUUAUUAUGCAUGGAUCAAAUCUGUGAAAACUGGUAGUAUUCUAUGGUCUGCAUUUACUGCACUUGCAUAUUUUUAUAUGGUAUCAUCUUGGGGUGGAUAUGUGUUCUUAAUAAAUUUAAUACCAAUGCAUGUAUUUGUUUUGAUGGUUACUGGACGUUUUUCACAUAGAAUUUAUGUAGCGUAUAGUACAGUAUAUUGUAUUGGUACUAUAUUGUCAAUGCAAAUAUCAUUUGUUGGGUUCCAACCAGUCCAAACUUCUGAACAUAUGAUGGCUUUAGGUGUAUUUGGUUUAUGUCAAAUACUUGGUGGGAUAAAUUAMAUGCGAACAAAGAUUGUUGGUGAUGAUUUUGAGACAUUGUUACAGUUUAUUAUAUAUUUAAUCGGAGGCAUUGUAAUUGCUUUUGGUACUUUACUUACAAUAACUGGAAAAAUUGCUCCAUGGACUGGCCGUUUCUAUACAUUAUUGGAUCCAUCUUAUGCUAAAAAUCACAUACCGAUUAUUGCAUCUGUUUCUGAACAUCAACCUACAUCUUGGUCUUCGUUUUAUUUUGACUUACAUAUACAGGUGUUUCUGUUUCCAGUUGGACUAUAUUUUUGUUUCUCAAAACUUACAGAUGCUAAUAUUUUUGUGAUACUUUAUGKAGUGACCAGCAUUUACUUUGCUGGUGUUAUGGUGCGUUUGAUGUUAGUUCUUGCACCAGUAAUGUGUAUCUUAUCUGGUAUUGGCGCUUCUUCUAUGUUAUCAACUUACAUGACACAAUAUCUUGAAGGUUCAUCAAAAGUACCAGAAAAAAAAACAAAGAAAAAUGAAAAUAGUAAAUCAAUGAAAAGCGAAAUUGCUACUGCAUUUGUAACAAUGUUAACUUUUAUGCUGAUUUCUAAGGUAUUUCAUUGUACAUGGGUUACUUCUGAAGCAUACAGUUCUCCAAGUAUUGUGUUGUCAGCUCGCUCACAUGAUGGUUCUCAAGUUAUUUUUGAUGACUUCAGAGAAGCAUAUUAUUGGCUACGUAUGAAUACAGCUGAAGAUGCUCGAGUAAUGUCAUGGUGGGAUUAUGGUUAUCAAAUUACAGCUAUGGCUAAUAGAACAAUUUUAGUAGAUAAUAACACUUGGAACAACACUCAUAUUUCUAGAGUUGGCCAAGCUAUGUCAUCUGGUGAAGACGAAGCUUAUGAGAUUAUGAGGGAGCUAGAUGUUGACUAUGUACUUGUAAUUUUUGGAGGUGUCGUCGGUUAUUCAUCAGAUGAUAUAAACAAAUUUUUAUGGAUGGUACGCAUUGGAGRAUCAACUGAAAAAGGUAGACAUACGAUCAAAGAUUCUGAUUAUUACUCACCAAGUGGAGAAUUCCGUGUGGAUAAAGAAGGUUCAAAAAAAUUGAAAAACUCGUUGAUGUAUAAAAUGUGUUACUAUAGAUUUGGUCAAGUUUUUUCCGAAGGAGGUAAACCAGCUGGUUACGAUCGUGUUCGUAAUGCAGAGAUUGGGGUAAAAAAUGUCACAUUGCACGUAGUUGACGAAGCAUAUACAACUGAACAUUGGCUUGUUCGUAUAUACAGGGUAAAAGACUACGAUAAUAGAGGAGGUAAAAUGAAGCCAAACAAAGUAUCAACUUACUAUGAACAAUGA